GCCCCGGCAACCGAUGUCCGAAUUGCAAAGAAAUUUUAAGCGUCGAGUUUUCUCACGACGUCUCAUAAAAAAAGACAUCUCUCAUCGCAACCGCUUGCGACAUUGAAUGAAAAAAAAAAAAAAAUAAAUAAACAAGUAAACAAAAUUGCAUCGUUGCUCUUAUUGGCGCAAUCACAUCGAAAUCGAUAGAAACCGAUACGCGGAAGCUGCUGCGCGCGUAGACCCGAGAAACAUUCGUCGCGGAUUACGUAGGAAACAAAGCGGUCAACAUGGCGGCGGUCGUGGCUGCGUCGUCGUCGGCGAUUGGCAACAACCGAUGAGAGAUCACAUGUUCGUACGGAUGGUGAGUCGCGACGCGAACGCAUGACGCAUCACAAAUAUCUCACGAAACAUCGUCGAGCAUGACGCCGGUUGUUGUCGGCGAUCGUUGACGGAGGAUCUUGAUGACCGGCGAAGAUAGAAAUGUCCGUCGAAAGUUGAUCCGGCUUUGAAGGGUUGAUAGAUAAGAGAUUUAGAUAGUCUCUCGCUAAAACACGUUUGACGUUAAACGCGGUUGAAUCUUCGUCGAGAGCUUCGUGAGGACACCUUGUUCAACAAUUAAUCCAAAUCCUAUUUCGUCGUUUGCUAAAACUACACGUGAAAUAGAUAAAAAAGUCAUGAAGUCGCUUGUGAAAGCGACGCAUUGUGUCAUGUGAUAAUUGACCAGCACCAAGGUUAGACCGAUAACCGAAGUGAUGAGUGUGAUAACAGCUGAUUAUACAGCUAUCAUUCGUCAUCGUUGCUUUGAGAACUACCGUAGUUGCACAUAUUUGCCGGUAAAUAGCUAACUAGCUAACUAGUGUUGCUUGCUUGAAACAGCGAGCAAGUCUAUAUAGCAGGAAGAAAAAUUGGCAGGAUUCGGUUUUGUAGCAAACUGUAUAUUUUUCAAAUACAAUGUCAUGGAUAAGAGAACGCACUCUGAACUGGUUUCAAUCCUUGAUCUUAAAAAUUCUAAGAACCGGCCACGUGCCCAGGCACGUAGCGUUUAUAAUGGAUGGCAACAGACGUUAUGCAAAUAAAAAAAAUGUGGCAAAAGUAGAAGGACACGCAAGAGGAUUUGAUAAAUUAUCUGAAACAUUAAAUUGGUGCAUGGAUCUUGGUGUUGUGGAAGUUACUGUCUAUGCUUUUAGCAUAGAGAACUUUAAGCGCAGCAAAGAAGAAGUUGAUGGACUCAUGGAACUUGCCAAGCAAAAGUUUGAACGUCUUUUAGAAGAAAAGGACAAAUUAAAAGAAAAAGGAGUUUGUGUCCGUGUGAUUGGCAAUUUAUCUUUACUUCCAAAAGAUUUGCGUAAAUUGAUGGCCGAGGCUAUGAUUGUUACUAAAAAUAAUAACAAAUCAUUUUUAAAUGUUGCUUUUGCUUAUACAUCAAGAGAUGAAAUAACUCAUGCUAUUAAGGAUAUAACAAAAGGAGUAAAACAUGCUGAUAUCUUGCCAGAAGACAUUAGCGAAAAUUUGAUUUCCGAUUGUUUAUAUACUUACAAUUCUCCAAAUCCAGAUUUAUUAAUCCGUACUUCGGGAGAAGUGCGACUUAGUGACUUCCUCAUGUGGCAAAUCUCCGAUACUUGUGUGUACUUUACCGACGUAUUGUGGCCUGAGUUCAGCAUUUGGCAUUUUUUUAGCGCAAUAUUAUAUUAUCAGAAAUAUUAUCCUGAUUUGCAGAGAGAUGUCAAGAUGCGAAAUUCAAAAAAACCAACCACGCAUAAUAAUAGAGUAUCUACGUAUGUUAAUAAGUUGCAUCGUGAACGCGAAAUUAUGAUUGAAAACAUGUAUUUACCGGCAGUGCAAUCGUAAAAAAAAACAAAAAAAGGAAAAAAAAACAUUGAUGAGCUUACAUUCAGUGCUUAUAUCUUAUAUAGCAAGGUUGAUGAAAUGAUAAAAUAUUGAUAAAAUAUCCUAAAAAUGUAUUUUAUCUUAAAUCAACUUUUAAAAGAUAAUACGUAUAGUUUCUAUCUCAUAUGAAAAUAAUAAAUUCCUAUUGCUCUUCGAUAUUUGCUCCUAACAUCAUAAUCCAAGGUAGCUGCAGCAACUAGAAGUUAUGUUAUGCAAAACAACUGUUACUCUGUAUACAGUUUUUAAGUUCACAAAUAUAUAUAAAAACUAA